GUUCCUUUGGUAUAUUUAAAUUUAAUGGUCUAGUUUAGCAAUGAUGAGGCAGCAUCUCCUGUUUAAAACUCCCUUACCUUGCCAUGAAACUGAGCCCCUGAGACUUGCCAUGUGUUGCUCUAAUUCUGGACACUGACUAUGUGACAUUGUGAUGCAACCUGGUUUUCUUGCUUCAGAGCUCCUUUUGGGAAACUGUUUAUGACAAAGAUCAAGCAUGCGUGCACACCAUCUCCAGCUCAAAGAACAAAAUAAAAACCUCACCAGUUACCACCACAGUGCUGGAAUUUGAAUCCAUGAAAUCUCUGCUCCAGAAGGCAACAUGUUAAAAAAUCUCACUCCAACUUGCAAGGUCAGAGGAACUCUAGAAGCUGGGUUGUAUCUUGCUGAAACUGUAAAACUCACACAGGGUCACACAGCAAUGCUGCAUCAAGCUAGACCUUGGACCAUGGUAUGGCCAAACCUCUGGGCUGUGUGUGGAAGGCACAAAGGAUCAUCAGAAUGUGCUGAAAUCCUCUGAGGCUCUGUAAGGUGUGGUGAUGUGACAUCAGCGGAUGGACUGAGAUCGCUUCACCCUGCUGAGGAAAGAAAAUAUAAAUUUACUUCACGAUGUGUUUUAAGCCAUUUGAAAGGAGAACAAUGUUAAGGACUUUUUGGUCACUGUGUUGACAAUGAAGUACCUGGCUGAUGUGCAGCACUCGAGAUGCUGCUUUGGGACUUUUUCUGAAGGUCACAGCGUACCUUGGUGGUAUAAGUACAAAGGUUGCCUUUGCUUGGUCGAUACAAUAGCAGAAGAUCCAGAGGUUCUGCAAGGAGAUGCUCAAACAUACUAUGACAAACUCUUGAAGAAAUCAUUGCCCACUCCUGAUGUUUUUUCCCUCCCUGGAGGACAAGAGGUUAAACUUGAAGAUUCCUGUGUGUGUUUUGUCCCCCUCUACCGAAAUAAUCCUACUUGCAAACUGUUGCUGUUAACUGAUCCAAAGGAUAAAGAGACAGUCUUGGCAGUUUAUUUGGGCCGGCGUUGGUGGCCUGUUGAAGAUGUGGUGAAGACGGCUGAUCCUGCUAGAGAUGGGCUCCUUUUGGUCCAGACAUUUGCAGAAAGGAUUGUCCUCUUUGUUCUGAACUACAUUAUUUUUGGAAUGCUGGAAGGGAGUUCAGCUAAUGAUGCAUUCUUUCUACCUCACUCUGCCACUGAGUGUGCCAAGAUACUCUGGAGGAACGGUGAGGCUGUUGCCUUUUACUCAGUCAAGAUGAAAGGGAGCCUGUGUGAUGGUACAACCAGUCAGUGUUACUUGCUGCCAGUCUUGGAUACUAUAUUUGUCCGGAGAAAGUGCAGAAGAGGUGGCCUAGGGAUGAAAAUGCUGCAUGAUUUCUGUCAGUCUUUCCUGGCUGAGGAUGCCUUGGGGAUCAGCUGCCCUAUUUCUGCUGCCAUGUAUCAAGUUUGCCAGAAAUUCCUGCAGGUUUAUCCCGAGGAGCAGAAGCGACUGUGGGAGGUGGAAGCACCGGGAGAUUGGAGCCAGCGAGUGAAUAUCUGGUUAAAAAUUCAGAUGGAGUUAUUCCCUUCAGGAACUGGCUGGAGGAUCCAGACAGGCCCCUCUGCUGCGUGCACACAAGCUGUGGUAAGCACUAGAUUCCAAAAGAAGGGCACACACUGUCUCUUUCUGGAAGUGCAGCAAGGAGGGCUCCAGAGCAAAUUGCUCCCAUGCCUUCCCACAUCCAUCCUGCUCCGUGUUGGCCCAGGGACCUUCUGCUGAGACACUGCGUUUCAUCUUGUCUGCAGCACCCACAGGAGAGUUAAGUCAGACUUUAGCCCUAGGCUGGGUUCCUCUGAAGCCAUUAGAUCUGUGUUCCUCGUGCUUUAAAUCACCAAAACCUGGGGUUGCUCUUUCCUUUAAUCCAUCUUGCUAAGUGAGGUUUAUUAAUGGCAAUUGAAGAGAACUGUGAUCAGAUCAAAACCCAGCAGAUCCUGGAGGCGAGUAUACUUUUCUUUUUUCUUUCUUCUUUUUGCCAUCUUCUACAAAAACAAACAAACAGACAAAGAGAAACGACCCAAAACGUGGGUGAAUAUCAUUCCACUGGAGUGGCUGUGAGUAAAAAAGACCUGUGAGGCUGGGGAACUGCCUUGGGCAGUUCUGCACGUAAAUGAUAUGGUGUCUGUGUGUGCUUAUAUUUAUUUAUAAGGAUUGUGAAUUGCAAUAUGAUCUUUAUAGUGGAAGGGAGCAGAAGCAAGUGAGUUUGGCAUUAAAAUAUAUAAUAAAAAUCUGAUUUUUUAAUCUGUGUCCUCCACUCUGGUGCACAGCUCACUGGGCAUCACUCUUUAGACUAAUUGUGCUGAACAGGCUUUAUUUUGUCCGUCUUCAGUGGAAAAUCAACCCACUAUAAAACUAGGAUUUAAAAGCGUGUGUUACAUUUGUUAUAUCUGUUUUACAUAUGCAGUCUGCUUCUCAUGCUUGUAUUAUCCCAGUACUGUGCAUAUUUUGCACCCAGGGAAAUACCAAGUGAGGGUAGAGAGCAGAUAACACCUGCUGAAACUAGGGGAGAGUUUCCCUGCUUUUGGUUUGUCCUAAAGGCAGCCUUAUUCUCUCUAAUAGCCAGGGAGGAGAUAGCAAGAGAGUUUUCCAAGGCUUUGUGCUAUCUGUUAGUGGCAGAUAAAGCAGAAACACCUUCUGAGUGCAGGAAUCCUUUAUUCCUGCUUCAUUCCUGCAUCAGUCCUUUAUUCCUAAUCAUCUGACCCAGUGUAUGCUUCCCAAGCCCAUGAAGAGAAGCUUGUGUUUCCAGAGUUGUGGUGUAGGGACACAGAGGGGAAAAUGAUGUGAAUGGAACCCCUGGAGUUCCAUGUUUAUGUGUUCCAUAAGUGUACAGUCAUUCAGAUCACAUGCAGGUGUGCAGAGGACACCAGGACCUGUUGCAGUAGGUAGGACAAAGGAUAAUGAUUUUAAACUAAAAGAGGAUAGAUUUAGGCUAAAUAUAUGGAAGAAAAUUUUUACAAAGAGGGUGUUGAGGCACAGACACAGAUUGCCCAGAAAGCUGUGGCUGCCCCAUCCCUGGGAGUGUUCAAGGCCAGGUUGGAUGGGGCUUGGAGCAACCUGGUCUUGUUGAAGGUGUCCCUGCUCAUUGCUGGGCUGGAUUGGAUGAACUUUAAAGGUCCCUUGCAAUCCAAACUAUUCUAUGAUUCCAUGAUUCUAUCUUUAGGGGCUCGCUUGGGAACAAGGGCUUCAUUCGUACUUGUUCUGUUAUGCAGAAAGCAAAACACAAUGUAAUUCAAUAUUGUCAGCUCCAAUCUGGAUCUAUGGCAACAACUGUGAAAAUAGACAAGUCUUAUUCUGCUCUGAUUUCUUAGAUUCCUGUUGACAUUUGCAAUGCUGUGUUUUGGAACAAAAUUACUGAGAAGAAAAAUUGAAUAUUUUGCUCAUAUUAUAUUUUUUUUUCCGCACCAGUACUCAGGAUUGAAUACCAUUAACGUUCCUGUAAGAACUCUACAGUCAUAGAUAUUCCAGAACAGGUUUCUGUAACCUUGAGGUCAGAAUUUUAAAUUUUGCAAGGUUCUGUGGCUGCAUCUAGUGGCAGUUCAUACCAACUGCAGCAUUCUGUUUACAGCAGCUGAUACUUCUGUUUGGAUGUGCCCAGAUACAUAGGUCCGUGUACACACACAUACUUCUGUCUGCAAAUGUGUAUCAAUAAAAAUAAAACCUUUUAGCAUGUUGUCACACAUGGCUGCAAUUAUUAAUUCUGAAUUAAUUCUUAUUGUUUGAAAAAUGUAGAGAUUUAAUUACAGCAAAUAGUCUCAGUAACAGGAACACGGUGACAUUUCACUUCUGGGGCUGAUUGGAGGAACAGAAAUCAUUUCAUAGGGUUUGGUUGUGGUUGCUAAAUCUACCAGGCAGUGAACUGAGCUGCUCUGAAGUACUUUAGUAAUAUGCAUAAAGCAUUUAAGUGUGAAACUUGUGCAAAAGCAAGCAGACUGAGAAGAAUUAAAAUCAGUUUCAAGUGAUUGCUUGUAAUCCUGUAUCUGAAUUGGUCAAAGUACCUGCAUUUGCUGAAAGGGAGGGAGGGAUGGAUAUGAGUCUUCCAUGUGUAAGAGAUAGAUGGAUUAUCUGUUUAGUAGAACUUUCAAGACCCAAAGAUAUUUUGUUUCUAGUAGUUGUUCACCUUAGUCUUCCAUGGUAGUGACAUGUAGCACCUUGUUUUGAUUGAUUAACAGAAACAAGGCAGGAGGGGUUGAAGGUGGCAUUCAGGUGGCUUUUUCUGGUGUGUUUUUUAAAUGAAAAUAGCCAUGGAAGUCUACUAAUGUUUUUUCCUUUUAAAUCUCUUUCUGGGGCAAAAUAUUCACCCCA